GCUCGCGGUGGACUCUCGGCUCUGGAGCUCCGGUUUGGACUUUAUCUUUGGGCACAAACUCCCGCUGUGAUGGAUAUGUACCUGUUUUUUGUUUCGCUUUUCGCUGUUCUCGCGCGUCCAGCUCGAGGCUCAGAUGGCGACUAUCAGAUGGACAUAAUCCAGGAGUUGGACCGGACUAACUCCACGUUGGGGAUUACUCAAGUCCCCGGACUCCACAACGGAUCCAAGGCCUUUCUCUUCAGAGAUGUGUCCCGGGCCGUGCUCCUCCCCCCUCCCCUCUCCUCUCGUCUGAUCCAGAUGUUCAGAGGAAAGUCCGAGUUCACGUUUUUGGCCACAAUCCAACAGAAGUCCUCCACAUCUGGGGUCAUCUUCUCCAUCCACGAGUCGGAGCACAGUUUCUUUGAGCUGGAGAGCAGUGGGGUGCGGGAGGAGAUCCGGUAUCGUUACAGACACAGAGGAGAGGAGCGUUCCGAGACGUUUCCGUACCGACUUUCCGAUGGACACUGGCACAGGAUCGCUCUGAGCGUGUCCGCGUCUCACCUGCAGCUGCACAUCGACUGCAACAGGGUGUACGAGCGUGUGAUAGACCCUCCUCAAACAGAUCUGCCCCAGAGCAGUGCAGUGUGGCUGGGCCAACACAGCACCAAGCACGGCCUCUUCAAGGGGGUGAUCCAGGACGUGAAGUUUGUUUUCGCUCCAAAUGGAUUCAUCGCUCAGUGUCCAAACCUCAACCGCACCUGUCCGACCUGCAGUGAUUUCCUGAGUCUGGUUCAGGGGAUCAUGGACCUCCAGGAUCUUCUGGCCAAGAUGACCCUCAAAUUGACCUACGCCGAGUCUCGCCUGGCGCAGCUGGAGGACUGUCACUGUGAGAGAACCUGCACCGUGAAUGGGGUUUCCUACAGAGACACGCAGGGGUGGGCGGAGCCAGAGAACUGCAGAACCUGCGUUUGUAAGAAUGGAAUAGUGGAAUGUCGAAGGAUUUUCUGUCCUCCAACAAACUGCUCUGAAGACUCCCUCCCCGUCCAUGAGCAAGGCACCUGCUGCAGAAAGUGUAGACCUAAAUGUCAGUCCCAUGGACAGACUUUUGCAGAAGGACAACGUUUCUUGUCUCGAGACUGCAGAGAAUGUAAGAACGGUCAGAUGGUCAAAGUGUCUCUGUCCUGUCCUGAGUUAAACUGCAGCCUCACAGAGCAGGUGCUACCGGAGGGACGCUGCUGCAACGUGUGUGCAGGUCAUGACUUCUGCUCGGAGGGCGUGGUCUGUGGACUGAACUCGGACUGUGAAAACCUCAAGACCAAAGCCCACUGUAUCUGUCGCCAUGGAUACGCCUCUGCUCACGGAGAUCAGACCGACUGUGAAGACAUAGACGAGUGUUCAUCUCAGACUCACUUCUGUCAGACAAACUCUGUCUGUGUGAAUGUCCCUGGGUCCCAUCGCUGUGACUGUCUGCCCGGGUACACACGAGUCGACCAGUACUCCUGCACAGAACAUGAUGACUGCUCUCCUGGUUUACAUUCCUGUGAUGCAAACGCGAUCUGCACAAACACCGUCAGAGGUCACCUGUGCACCUGUAAACCCGGCUACCGCGGCAACGGGACCGUGUGCAGAGCGUUCUGUGAGGAGGGCUGUCAGAGUGGAGGAACAUGCGUUGCUCCAAACACAUGUCUCUGUGCCUCAGGAUUCACUGGACCAAACUGCGAGACCGACAUAGACGAGUGCUCAGAUACCCUGGUAAAAUGCCAUAAUCACUCUCACUGUGUGAACCUGCCUGGGUCGUACCACUGCGACUGCCGCUCGGGUUUCCACGACGAUGGGACCUACCAAGUGGAUGGAUCUUCCUGCGUGGACAUAGAUGAGUGCUCGCUGCUGCUCCACUCCUGCUCGAACGACUCCGUGUGUGUGAACACUCCUGGAGGAUUCUCCUGCCUCUGCACCAAAGCACCGGACUGUAGAGGAGACUGUCCACAACCAGGGGGCGCCAGACUCAACGGAGAAGAGUGGACCCCGAGUCAUGACCCCUGCUCCAUCUGCUCCUGCAAGGAGGGGGAGGUGGAGUGUUGGCCUUUGCCCUGCCCCGUGCUGUCCUGUAGUUACAGCGCUCUACCACAGGGGGAGUGCUGUCCACGCUGUGUGUCUGACCCUUGUACGGCACAGGAAGUCCCGCCCCCUGCCCUGGGUCUCAGCUGCAGGGACCAGAGUGGCUCCGAGCACCUGUCAGGAGACACCUGGCACCUGCCCAACUCACCGUGCACCACCUGUCAGUGCAAGAAUGGAAGCGUGUGCUGUGCGGUCGAGCUGGAGUGUCUACAGAACAACUGAGAUCCUCCAUGAACCUGAGUCUGUGGAGUAGACCAGGACUAAACCAGGAUUAAACCAGGACUAAACCUGGACUAAACCAGGAUUAA